AUGGCGGUGUUGAGAAUAAGAACAAUGAGAUACUUUGGGGUUUGGACCUUCCUCGUAAUAGUGGCUGUGGUCUGUGCGCAAAGGGUCAAUGACCCUAGCAAUAUGUCAAUCGUAAAAGAAACUGUGGAUAGACUGUUGAAAGGAUAUGACAUUCGCUUGAGGCCAGAUUUUGGAGGUCCCCCUGUGGGAGUGGGGAUGAAUAUAGACAUAGCCAGCAUAGACAUGGUAUCUGAAGUCAAUAUGGACUAUACAUUGACUAUGUAUUUCCAGCAAGCUUGGCGAGACAAGCGGUUAUCCUACUCAGAGAUUCCCCUCAAUCUCACCCUGGAUAACCGAGUAGCGGAUCAGCUGUGGGUACCAGACACCUACUUCCUAAAUGACAAGAAGUCUUUUGUCCAUGGUGUCACAGUGAAAAACAGAAUGAUUCGACUCCAUCCAGAUGGAACCGUGCUCUAUAGCCUGAGGAUUACCACUACAGCAGCUUGUAUGAUGGACCUGAGACGAUAUCCGCUGGACGAACAAAACUGCACACUGGAGAUAGAGAGCUAUGGGUACACCACUGAUGACAUAGAGUUCUACUGGCGAGGAGGUCAUAACGCUGUGACGGGGGUGGAGAGAAUAGAACUACCCCAGUUCUCCAUCGUGGACCACAAACUCAUCUCUAAGAAUGUCGUCUUCUCUACAGGAUCCUACCCCCGACUCUCCCUCAGCUUCAAGCUGAAGAGGAACAUUGGCUACUUCAUCCUGCAGACCUACAUGCCCUCUAUCCUGAUCACCAUCCUUUCCUGGGUCUCCUUCUGGAUCAACUAUGACGCUUCCGCUGCCAGAGUGGCUUUGGGAAUCACCACUGUGCUGACCAUGACCACCAUCAACACUCACCUGCGGGAGACCCUUCCCAAGAUCCCCUACGUCAAGGCCAUUGACAUGUAUCUUAUGGGUUGCUUCGUAUUCGUCUUCCUGGCCCUGCUAGAGUACGCCUUGGUCAACUACAUCUUCUUCGGCAGAGGACCCCAGCGCCAGAAGAGAGCGGCUGAGAAAGAAGCUGUCGCCAACAAUGAGAAAAUGAGAAUGGAUCCAAACAAGUGGUUGGUGGGAAAUGUAGUUCAGAGAGACGAUACUCUGUAUGCCAGAAUGAAACAGAGGGAUAUUGACGCUCAUGACUCGAUGUGGGAACCAAUCUUUGUGGACGAUGCAGCGAUAGGACUAGGCGAGGAAAAGAAUAAGAUGGACCCGCAUGAAAAUAUUCUACUGGGCACCAUAGAAAUUAAGAAUGAGAUGGGAGCAUCGGAGCUGACCCUUGGUCUCAGUGACCCCAGGAGCACCAUGUUGACUUAUGACAGCUCCACCCUGCAGUACCGCAAAGCAGGGCUGCAGGCCAGGCACAACUUUGGACGCAACACCCUGGAGCGCCACAUGCCUCAGAAGAAGAACCGGCUACGGAGGCAUGCUUCACAGCUGAAGAUCAACAUUCCCGAUUUGACUGAUGUAAACUCUAUCGACAAGUGGUCGAGAAUGAUCUUCCCCACUGUCUUUUCUUUGUUCAACAUAAUCUAUUGGCUCUACUACGUCAACUAA